AUGGAGAGUGAAGAUAUAAAGAAGUGUUUACUUGAGCUCUUCCCAAAACUAGAUGAAAACAGAGCAAAAUUUCUUGCAACAACUGGUGACGACAUAAAUGUGCUAAUUACUAGAGUAUUGGACAAUAAUAUUGACCCGCCCACCGUCGAAAUAAAGGAUUUCUGCCGUGUAGAUUCGCACAUUGAGGACAAUAAAUCACUUUAUCAUGCAAAACCACACUACAAUAAUAAACACAAUGCAUGUUAUCUAAGUGCUCAGCAAUCAAUACAGACGACGGCGUCAAACAUUAGCUUGUAUGACAACUAUAACUAUCCAGAGGUAUUUGAGAAAACGUGCAGCAUCGAUAUGCACGUAGAUGUGGAACAUCUUAGGAAGAAAGCAGCUGAUUUGAACAAACAAGCAUCUAGAUUGUACGCAGAAUCGGCUGUUCACCAGUUCAAGCAGGCAAGAUGCUAUUUUGGAAUGCAGGCUGAUGAAAAAGGAGAAAGGGCAAAGGAAUUAAAUAGAAAGGCGGCAAUGGUUCUUAUGAGAAGAAUAGUUGAAGGCAGUGGUGCUGUGGAUCUUCAUGGAUUCACAGUUGAAGAAGCAAGCAAAUUCAUGGAUGAUCUUUAUAAAUUUAGAAGAUUUAAGAAAAUCAAAGUAAUAACAGGGCAGGUGCACAACAGUGCAAGAGUAAGACCAGCAAUGAAAAGAUGGUUUGAAAGAAAUAGCUUUAGGUGUUACGAUGACGGGCCCUGUAUAGUCGCAGUAAAACCUCCGGAAUAUUAA